GGGACCGAGCAAGAACGGAACUACUGCACACACUCACACACUCACACACUCGUCCAUACACCAGCGUUUUUCUUGAAACUGAAGGAAUUUGUGGAUUAUUUCUGUGGAAGCAACAAGUCCAAAAGAAUUGUUUGAGCAGAAAGCAAGGCUUUUGUGGAUUUCUUCCCUCUGCGCUUUUGGCAUCAAUGGGCACCAGAAGGUACUGAGAAGAAACAACGGAUGAAUCGGUCGGAGAGGAGAAUCUGAGGAACUCACUGAGAAGACUUUUUCUUUCAUUAAAAAAUAUUUAUUUAUUUAUUAUUUAUUAUUGAUCAUGGGGCGCGUGCUGCUCCUGCUCUGGGUCGCGUGCGUCUUGGCCAGCCAGGCGUUUUGCUCUGGUGUUUUCGAGCUCAAGCUGCAAGAGUUUCUCAACAAAAAGGGCAUCCAAGGCAACAGGAAUUGCUGCAAAGGCGGAAUCACGUCGACCUACCAGCAGUGUGAGUGCAAAACGUUUUUCCGCGUGUGUUUAAAACACUACCAGCCCAACGCCAACCCGGAGCCGCCGUGCACUUACGGUAGCACGGUCACUCCCGUCCUGGGCUCCAACUCGUUCCAAGUGCCGGAUACGUUACCGGACGGCUCGUUCACCAACCCCAUCAGGCUGAACUUCGGUUUCACGUGGCCGGGAACGUUCUCGUUGAUAAUUGAGGCAGUGCACGCCGAAUCCAAAGAAGAUCUCACGACAGAAAACCCAGAGCGCAUCAUCAGCACCAUGACCACGCAGAGGCACCUGACUGUCGGAGAGGACUGGGCUCAGGAUCUGCACAGCGCGGGCAGAACCGAGCUCAAGUUCUCCUACCGGUUCGUCUGUGAUGAGCACUACUACGGAGAAGGCUGCUCGGUUUUCUGUCGGCCCAGAGACGACACUUUCGGCCAUUUCACCUGCGGCGAACGUGGAGAGAUCAUCUGUGAUGCUGGAUGGAAAGGACAAUACUGCACUGAGCCAAUCUGCCUCCCUGGAUGUGAUGAAGAGCAUGGCUUCUGUGAAAAACCUGGAGAGUGCAAGUGCAGAGUGGGCUUCAAAGGCCGAUACUGUGACGAGUGCAUUCGUUACCCAGGAUGCCUUCACGGGACGUGCCAGCAGCCUUGGCAAUGCAACUGCCAGGAGGGAUGGGGUGGCCUUUUCUGCAACCAAGAUCUCAACUACUGCACACAUCACAAGCCCUGUCUGAAUGGAGCCACUUGUAGCAACACUGGUCAAGGCAGCUACACCUGUUCCUGCCGCCCGGGAUUCACUGGCACCAGCUGUGAGAUCGAGGUCAACGAAUGUGCUGGGAAUCCAUGCCGCAACGGAGGGAGCUGCACUGACUUGGAAAACACCUACACUUGCGCCUGUCCUCCUGGCUACUACGGCAAAAAUUGUGAGCUUAGUGCCAUGACGUGUGCUGAUGGUCCGUGUUUCAAUGGAGGACGCUGUGCUGAUAAUCCUGACGGUGGCUACUUCUGCCAGUGUCCCACAGGUUAUGCUGGGUUUAACUGUGAGAAGAAGAUUGAUCACUGCACAUCUGGCCCUUGCUCAAAUGGUGCCCGGUGUGUGGACCUAGUCAACUCAUACCUGUGCCAGUGUCCUGAGGGGUUCACCGGGAUGAACUGUGACCGUGUCAGUGAUGAGUGCUCUUUGUUACCCUGCCAGAAUGGUGGUACCUGCCAAGAGGGUGCCAACGGCUACACGUGCACUUGCCCACCUGGUUACACAGGACGUAACUGCAGCUCACCUAUCAGCCGCUGCCAGCACAACCCAUGCCAUAACGGUGCAACAUGCCAUGAACGUAACAACCGCUAUGUUUGUGCUUGCGUGCCUGGCUACGGAGGGCGCAACUGCCAGUUCCUUCUUCCAGAACGUGCUUCCCAGGCUGCAAGUGACAUUCCAUGGACGGCGGUUGGCUCAGGCGUGUUGCUAGUGCUUCUGCUGAUAGUGGCAUGUGCCGUUCUGGUGGUAUGCGUGCGAUCAAAGGUGCAGCAGCGGCGUAGGAGCCGUGAAGAAGAAGCGGCGAAUGGAGAAAGCGAGACUAUCAACAACCUCACAAAUAACUGCCAGCGUGAUAAGGAUCUUAGUGUCAGCGUAGUGUCGGGAUUGGCACCGGUCAAAAACAUCAACAAGAAGAUCGAUUUCCACAGCGAGCAUGACUUGAGCACUAAUGCAGAGAAGAGCAGUUACAAGUCAAGGCACCAAGCCUCCGAAUACAACCUCGUGCACGAAGUGAAGUACGAAGUCAAGCAUGAGGUGAAGCUGGAGCAGGUUGGGAAAGAGUCAGCAGCAAAGGAGCUUACCGAUAGCUGUGAAGAUGUGAAGUGCCAAAGCUUGCAAGACUCUUGUGAGUUUGAAGAAAAACGCAGAAAACGUCUGAAAAGUGAUGCAUCUAAGUACUCAGAGUCAAGAUGCUCAGAGUCCAAGUUCUCAGAGUCAAAGUACUCUGAAUCAAAGUAUCCUGAGUCGAACUAUUCCGAUUCGCUGUAUUCCGAGUCAGCAUGCGCAUCCGCAUGUGCAUCGGCAUCUGUGUCGGCGUGCAUCGACACCAAAUACAAGUCCGUCAUGGUCAUGUCGGAGGAAAAAGAUGAAUGUGUAAUUGCAACCGAGGUGUAAUUGGCCUCAAGGAAGCCGAUGCUCAUUGGGUGCUAUGGAGGACAUUUUGAACUUCCAUAGAAAAUGCUGCUGCUCAAAACCUUAGGUGGAAAAUGUCCCACCUCAUAAAUACUGCUGCUGAGAAAGUAGGACUGAUUUAACUGAUAUUCAGGGUGAGCUGGUUCUCUGUUCUGAACGAAUUGCAGGCAAAGGAAUGGCCUGUAGGCUUGGAGACGUCCUGAGAAUGAACAAAGGAGUGGUCGUGGAAAGUUUACCACCCCUCUUUCAAAACUUAUCUGUAAAAUUGACCCAUAAAGCCAUUUUAUAAAAGGUGUUGGACAGUGUGGGUCCAUUUUUUUACCCUUGCUUAGAUUUAUGACAACAAAAAAAUUACGAGAAGAAAGAAAUGAUCAGAAGAUAAAAGAACUAUGAAUUCGAAGGAAACGUAUCGCAAUGUUCUGCCAUGUAGUGUGCAGUACUGUGGCAACGCUGUGGCAAUUUUUUUCAAUAUUUUGGCAACAUUUGCUGUAUUUCUUUUUUUCUCGCCAAUUUUCCCAAUGCCCAAACAGGUGCUGUUGCUGUGCCCAGAGAAUGCACCAAACGUGAAUGAUGUUAAAGAAGAAUAGGUUAAAGAAAUGUAUCACAGCGUUUUUGCCAAUGUCCAUUGUCUCGUGGAUUUCUAUGGCGACGUCGUGGCAACAUUUUAGCAAUAUUUUGGCAACAUUUGCUGUGUUUGUUUUUUUCUCUUUUAUCGCCAGUACCUCCAAGCCCCACAAGUCAGUGUGCAAGAGACCACAUCAAAACGGUGGAUGUUUGGCCAUACUGGCCUGUCUUUCACUAGGUUUAAUGGUGCAUGAUGUCACAUUCUGUCACAUGACCAGUGGAGACUAUAUGUAUUACUUGAUCACUGUGUAAAUGGGAUAAAAAAAAAUUAAGUGCGCAAAAAAACUCUAAGUCUUCCGAGCCUCCACUUCUUUUUGUAAUAUGGUUUUAUAUGGUUUCGUAUAAGUAUGUAAUUAUGUUCAGUAAUGAGAAAAAAAAACAUUUGUGUUAAUAUGAAUAAUAUCAUAAGCUGUUUGUUUUUGCUUGUUUCUUUGCUAAAUGUGUAUGAUUUAAGUUAAUUUAUUUUAUUUAAGUUGUAUUUCAAAAUUUUUUUGUAAGGUUUUUAAGAUUAUUUAAGUUCUUUCUCGUACUCGUUACUCGCAAUGGCACUUCGGGUUGCUGGGAUGUUUCAAGAUAAUAUUAUUUAAAAAGGAUUGUAAAAAGAAUGUUAUUAAUGCUAUUGUUUCUGUUUUGUCUUUUGUUUUCCA